AAGCCUCUAAAAAAAAUACACCGACGAACAAUAAUGUGCACGAGGUCGAUGGUCAAAAGGGAGUGAUAUGAGUGGCUAGAGCACAAGUGCACAACCAGUCAAUCAUCCUGAGAGCCACGAACACCUGCGUGAAGGAGCUUUUCAGUGCUCGGCUACUGCUAGCAGCGCAUCGGUUUCAUCAGGAGCUAGAGAUCACCCCCCGUCGCCGUCGACGUCGUCGGCCUCGGCCAUGUCGUCGGAGGCGACGCUGGAGCACACGCCGACAUGGAUCGUGGCAUCCGUGUGCUCCGCCAUCGUCCUCAUCUCCCUCCUCUUCGAGCGCGCGCUCCACCGCCUCGGCAAGGCACUGGAGCGUCGGAGGGUGACUCUGUACGAGGCGUUGCUGAAGCUCAAAGAAGAGCUGAUGCUGCUGGGGUUCGUGUCGCUGCUGCUCGUCGUCUUCCAGGACUUGAUACAGAAGAUCUGCAUCGACGAGAGCCUCAUGGAGCACGGGUGGCCGUGCCGAGGUGGGAACGAGGCGGCGGCGGCGGCGCACCACGGGGCUGCCUCCACAUUUGCUGGAACCGGCAGGAGGAUGCUCAAAGGAGGGGCGACUUUCGGUCACUGUUCAAGCAAGGGAAAAGUCCCAUUGCUCUCGCCUCACGCCUUAGAACAGAUACACAUCUUCAUCUUCGUUCUAGCCAUCUCGCACGUCGUUCUCAGCGCCGUCACCGUGCUCCUGGGACUCCUACAGAUGAGGAAAUGGAAGCUCUGGGAGAACAGCAUCCAGGAAGAGGGCAGCACUGCUCCGAAGAUGAUCAAGCGAGUGCAGAAAAUCAAGUUCAUCCAGGAUCGGUGCAAGGGGCGCGAGAAAGUCACCUGGGUCAUAAUAUGGAUGCGAUCGUUCUUCAAGCAAUUCUACGGAUCAGUAUCCAACGAUGACUAUGUCGCAAUGAGGCUUGGCUUCGUCAUGGAGCACUUUAGGGGGCACCACAAGUUCAACUUUUAUGACUACAUGAUCAAAGCUCUGGAGAAAGAUUUUAAGAGAGUAGUUGGUAUAAAAUGGUAUUACUGGAUAUUUGUGAUGAUCUUUUUGCUACUCAAUAUCACCGGGUGGCACUCAUAUUUUUGGAUCUCGUUGGUCCCGUUGUCUUCGCUGCUUCUGAUCGGAACAAAGCUGGAGCACAUCAUAAACAAGCUGGCCUACGAGGUCGCCUCCAAGCACGCCGCCGGGCAAGGGGAGGGGGGCAUCGUCGUGCGCCCUUCCGACGAGCUGUUCUGGUUCCACAGCCCCCGGCUCGUGCUCGUCCUCAUCCACUUCAUCCUGUUUCAGAACGCAUUAGAGUUCGCGUAUUUCUUCUGGACACUGGCGAUGUUCGGCGUCAACUCGUGCAUCAUGGACAGACCGGGGUACAGCGUGUCGAGGAUCGUCAUCUGCGUCGUCGUCCAGGUGCUCUGCAGCUACAGCACGCUCCCCCUCUACGCCAUCGUCUCUCAUAUGGGGAGUUCGUUCAAGAGCGCGGUGUUCGCCGACGACGUCGCCGACCAUCUCAGGGGCUGGGCCGACGGCGCGCGGAGGCGCAUGAAAAGGUCUGCCACGGCUGGCGACGCCGCCGGCUGCCUGGGAGCGGAACGGCGGAGUUUGGAAGGGAGGAGCCGCCCAGCCCAGCUUCGGAGCAUCUCGUUCUGAGGAGAGAAGCCGCGUGCAUACUCUGCAGGGCACGCACAUGCAGUGCCACUUCGUCUGGGCCUCUCGGGUCACCACCCAACGAGCCGUGGUUGGUUUUACACAAGACGAAAAGGGGAUAUGGUGUAUUUGUGUUUUUGGCUUGCUGGUUAAAGGCCGCUGGUUGUUGCUUAUUUGAGACUAGAGAGAGAGAGAGAGAGAGAGAGAGAGAGUUUGAUCGGUUUUGUUCAUUUGCAUCUUGGAGUC